UUGACCUCUUGAUCGGCACUCUUUCUUUCACAAGGAUGGCAGACAUGAUGUUCAACGCGCAGCAAACUCCACAUUCACAACUUCCCGCAUAUCGGGCCCCCUUAGGAUACAACAGCGGACCGCAAGCCAUGAAUCCUCCGCCAUCCGUCGUACCGCAAAUGCAGCUGACUCCAGACAACAUACAGAGAUUAAGAAAGGCAAUCGAAACGAUGCAGCAGAAAGGCAUGGAAAACGAUCCGCGAUAUUUUCAGCUCGUUCAGAUGGCUAAAGCCUAUAGAGUCCCUCUACCGGGCAACCAACAGUCCAUACCACCAGACAAUCGAGUAUCCCUACCCCGGGUGGGUGAGGCAAGUCUCUCCAGUCAAGCUCCCGGAACUCCUCAAGCUCCCGGAAGUAUGCAAAGUCCCGGAACACCUCAAGGUCCCGGAUCUCUGCAGGCUUCCUCCCUUUUCAACAACGACCAGUUGCAGCAGUUGAGAGCGCAGAUCAUGGUGUAUAAACUUCUCGGUCGCAAUCAAGCGAUUCCUAAUCACGUCCUACUUGCCGCAACGGCGAAACCUAACCGAAAGUUGGUGCCACCGACUGGGACCUCUGAUGUCAUGCAGAGUGUGAGUGACCCGGAUGUUGGACAGUUGGAUCGUAAGGAUGAUAUUUCGAAAGUAAAAAUGGAGAGUGAGAAGGAGCAGGAGCCACCACCGCCGUUGAGUAUUGAGAAGCAAAUGCUGCAGAGUCGGGUGGUCGACCCGAAGCAGUUGUUGAAAUCAACCCAGGAGACGCCUCAGACUAAGUUGAUGCAGGUUGCAAAACUGCCGGGUCUUGAUCCAACGGAUAUUAUUAAAGAGAGAGAACACAGAAUUCAAGCUCGUGUUGCUCUUCGCAUUCAAGAGUUGGAGUCCAUGCCAUCCACUCUACCAAGUGAUCUUCGUGUUAAAGCUCUAAUCGAACUACGAGCCCUCAGGCUGCUCGGCUUCCAAAAACAGCUACGGAAGGAAAUACUUUCAUGUAUACGUAGAGAUACGAUGCUCGAGACUGCUCUUAAUCCGGGAGCAUAUAGAAGAGGAAAGAGACAGACAGUGAGGGAUGCUAGAUACACUGAAUACUUAGAGAAGGAGCAAAGAAAGGAGCAUCAUCGACGACGAAGACAGAAGCAUCAGGAAUAUCUCAGCAGUGUUAUACAACACGCCAAAGAGUUCCGAGACUAUCACCGUGGCAACCAGGGCAGGAUCAGCAAACUGAACAAAUCGAUCAUGACGUGGCACGCCAACGCUGAACGUGAGCAGAAGAAGGAAAACGAACGAAUAGAGAAAGAGAGACUGCGACGUCUCAUGGCUGAAGACGAAGAAGGAUAUCGUCGACUCAUUGACCAAAAGAAAGACAGACGACUGGCGUAUCUGCUGCAGCAGACGGAUGAGUAUAUUGCGAGUCUGGUGGAGCUGGUGAGGGAGCACAAGAAGGAUGUUAUGUUGAAGACAAAGCCGGUGGAGAAAAAAAUUGAAGUUAAGAAAGAUGAGAAGCGAGCUGUUGUAUUCAAUUCAGAAACUGGUGAAACAUUGCAAGGAGACGCGGCCCCCUUGCUGUCAGAAGUGGAACAGUGGCUUGCAGACCAUCCAGGGUUUGAGGUAGUUGAACAGAAGGAAGUAGAUGAAGGGCAAAGGUCAGAGGAGCAGCAGACGGAGGCUGAGGAAAAGGAAAAGGAAGGAGUCGCUGUGAACGAGAGAGAUGAGGCGAAAGCUGUAAUUGAGAGAGCAAAGCUUGCUGAUGCUGACAUUGAACUCCAAGACGAAUACGUAGCAACAGAUGUCACCAGUGACAGCACCUACUACAGCAUUGCACACAGCAGAAUAGAACCCGUCACUGAGCAGCCAUCCAACCUCGUUUGUGGCACACUCAAGGGUUAUCAACUGCAGGGACUGGAGUGGCUUGUUUCGCUUUUCAACAACAACCUUAAUGGAAUUCUGGCGGAUGAAAUGGGCUUGGGGAAGACGAUACAGACGAUUGCGCUUGCGUGUUAUUUGAUGGAGAAGAAGGGAGUGUAUGGACCGUUCUUGGUUAUCGUUCCUCUCUCGACGCUUUCGAAUUGGAUGAUGGAGUUGGAUCGUUGGGCUCCAAUGAUAGUGAAAGUUGCUUAUAAGGGUGCACCCAGUCAACGUAAGAACCUCCACAGCAUCCUGAGGAACGGCCGUUUCAACAUGGUCGUAACAACAUACGAAUACAUCAUGAAGGACAAGUCCGUUCUGUCUAAAGUGAAGUGGAGGUUGAUGGUGAUUGAUGAGGGUCAUCGUAUGAAGAAUCAUCACUCGAAACUGACACAAGUGAUCAAUUCGUACUACGUGACGUCACAUCGUUUGCUGUUGACGGGAACUCCACUUCAGAACAAUCUCCCUGAACUGUGGGCAUUACUGAACUUUCUCCUACCAACAAUAUUCAAGUCAUGCACAACGUUCGAGCAGUGGUUUAACGCACCAUUUGCCCAGACAGGAGAAAAGGUCGAACUAAACGAGGAAGAAACCAUUUUGAUCAUUCGUCGUCUUCACAAGGUAUUGAGGCCUUUUCUUUUGAGACGACUGAAGAAGGAGGUUGAGUCACAGCUGCCUGAGAAAACGGAGUAUGUGAUUAAGUGUGAUAUGUCGGCUCUACAGCGACGUGUGUAUCAGCACAUGCAGAAGAAUGGGUUGUUGUUGACUGAUGGAUCUGAACAGAAGAAGGGACGUGGUACAACUAAGGCAUUGCUGAACACGAUCAUGCAGCUGAGGAAGAUCUGUAAUCAUCCGUUCAUGUUCAAAGAGGUGGAGUCAUCGUACAGUCAGCACUUGGGACUCGCAGGAUCUUUGGUUGAUGGACGUCAGCUCUACAGAGUGUCCGGCAAGUUCGAGCUGCUCGAUCGCAUCCUCCCAAAACUCCAAGUCAACAAUCACCGCGUGCUCUGCUUUUGUCAAAUGACGCAACUCAUGACAGUCAUGGAAGACUACCUCAACUGGGCACAGAUUCCAUAUCUUCGUUUAGACGGAGGAACAAAGGCCGAAGACAGAACGGAACUGCUUGCCAAAUUUAAUGCCCCAAACUCGCCGUAUUUCAUCUUCCUGUUGAGCACACGAGCCGGUGGAUUGGGAUUGAACUUGCAGACGGCAGACACAGUUGUGCUGUUCGACUCGGAUUGGAAUCCACAUCAGGACCUGCAGGCGCAGGAUCGUGCUCAUCGUAUUGGACAGAAGAAUGAGGUUCGUGUGUUGAGGUUGAUGACGGUGAACAGCGUGGAGGAGAAGAUCUUGGCUGCAGCGAGAUACAAACUGAAUAUGGAUGAAAAGGUUAUUCAAGCUGGAAUGUUUGAUCAGAAGUCGACAUCGUCUGAACGAAAAGCAUUUCUUGAGGCUUUAAUUGUGAUUGAGAACGACGAAGACGACCAGAGAGAAGAGAACGAAGUUCCCGAUAAUGAAACUCUCAACCAAAUGUUGGCAAGGAAUGAAGAUGAGUUUGAACUUUAUCAGAAAAUGGAUGCUGAUCGAGAAGAAGCAGCUGAUCAAUCAACAGACAAAGUAUCCCGACUGGUCACAGAAGCUGAGCUACCUGCAUAUCUUUUGAAAGAUGACAAAGAGGUCGAGCGUAUAGCCUUUGAGGAGGAGGAAGAACGACUGUUUGCACAAGGUGUCCGACAAAGACGAGACGUUAAGUACACAGAUCUUUUGACUGAGAGACAAUGGCUGAAGGCUGUUGAAGAUGGUAAUCUCGACGAGGUGCUUCACAAAGCAAAACAACGUAAACGACGACGAGCAUACGAUCCAGACGAAGACGAAGAAGACAUUCGAUCAGCAAAGAGACAAGGAAGACAACCAAAGAGUCGUCCGGGUAGCACAUUGAUGCGACAGCUCAAGAAGCUACUCAAAAUGAUUAUUCGCCAUACUGAUGAGUAUGGACGUCGUUUGAGUGACGUUUUUCUCAAACUGCCGUCCAGCACGGAGCUGCCUCAUUACUACGAGGUGAUCAAAGAGCCAAUGGACUUUCAAUGCAUGAAGGAGAGCGUCGUUGCAGGCAAGUACGAGAGCAUUGAUGAGAUGGCAGAGGACAUGCAGCUGCUGUGUCAUAAUGCACAGACGUACAACGUGGAAGGCUCGCAGAUCUAUCAAGACUCACUCGUUCUAGAGGCUGUUUUCAAUAACAUGAAGGAACGUGUGGAACAAGGCCUUGUUUCCAUCGAUCCAGAAUCGCCAUCAGAAUUUGAUGACGCUGGUGGAGAGGACAUACAGUCGGAUAGUGAAUCAAAUGCGUCAUUGAAGUUGAGGAUAAAGAUUGGAAAGUCAGACGAGUUGAUGUCUGAGCCAAAGAAAAAGAAGAAAAAGCGUGGACGGCCACCAAAAUCUACAUCCAGGAUAUCAUCCAUAUUACCAAGUGAUAUCGACGAUUCCAGUCGCAACACCAGCUGUCUCGCAUCGACAGAGAACAGCGACAUGGACUGUUAACAGUUACAUAAUUAAUUAAUUAAUUAUAUUUUAAAAUUAGUUAGCGGUAAGUAUGAGCAAUGUAGCAGUCACGGACAGUGUGAUUGAUAUCAACUGGUGCAGCACGUGACCGUGGGUUGUGGCCUUGGAUUUCCACCAGACGGCGCGGCCAUUCUUGCAUUCUUUACUGACUGUCAUCUCAACAAUAACAAUAGAAAAGCAACGCUACAGUUUGUCAGCAAAGUGCACCUCUAUGUUGCUAUAAAACUCAACUAGAAUACAUUGUGUCUAAUAUUAAUUAAUUAUUCGUUUUGAGGAA